UAAAACCUCAUUCAGAACAGGAUCCCAAAGAAGUAAAACACGGUGGCUUUGGUCUCGUCGGCGCCACGAGGGGGAGGAAUCUCCCUGGGAACCAUCUACAACCCCCACGGGUGUAAAGAGGAGGAACAAGAUGCCUAACCCCGGAGAGGAGACACCCCCCAGUGACGGCAGUGACCCACAGAGCGUGCCCUGUAGGCCCGGGAAAGCGAGGCAGGCCCAGGAGAGCCAUGAUGGGGACGUGCCCAGCCUCUGCCCACCACAGCUGCCAACGUCCAGCCCUCCACGAGUUCUCUCCAUGGCAGAAUUACUAGAAACAGCACAAGAAGUUUCCAAAAUGACCAUUGCACACGAGAUUGUGGUGAACCGUGACUUCAAGUUGCAAGAGGUCAACUUCUCACCAAGCAGCCUGGAAAGCCGAGUGAAGGAGACAUUGCACAAAGCUUUCUGGGACAGUCUGAAAGAACAGCUCUCUGCUAGUCCACCAGACUACACACACGUGAUCCAACUGCUGCAGGAAAUUAAAGAGACCAUACUGUCACUGUUGCUGCCACGGCACAGCCGUCUGCGGGGCCAGAUCGAAGAAGCCCUGGAUAUGGAGCUGAUUACACAGGAGGCUGAGCAUGGGGCUCUUGACAUCCCCAAUCUCACCAUGUACAUCUUAGGUACAAUGGCGAUGCUGUGUGCACCUAUCCGAGACGAGGAAGUGCAGAGACUACGGGGUGUGACAGACCCAGUUCAGCUGCUCAGGGAGAUUUUCCGGGUGCUAGACCUGAUGAAAAUGGACAUGGUGAAUUUUACCAUCCAGAGCCUCCGGCCCCACCUGCAGGAUCACUCCGUCCAAUAUGAGCAGAAGAAAUUCCAGGAGCUCCUUGCCAAGCUGCCCCACAGCCUGGAUCACACAACUGAGUGGUUACACAAAGCAGCAGCAGAAGUCUCUGCAUCUUCUUUGUCGUCCCCAUCCCAUCCUGAGGUCCAUGGAUCACCUGCUCCACUCUCAUUGGGGGCUGUCAGCAGGAGCUCAUCUACACCAAGUCCCAUGUCUGUGUUAAACCAAGGAUACAUGAAUCUACUCCGCUGGGAGCCAAGCCUAGAGAAAUACCCUGAGACUCUGUUGAUGGACCAAGCCCGGCUGCAGGAGGUACAGUUGCAAGUGAAUCAGCUAACAAUCAUAGCUGCAGUCCUGCUAGUGUCCAGCAGCGUGUGUGGAAGCGCCUUGUUCAGCUCGCCUGGGUUUGUAGAUAGGCUGAAACGGGUAACAAAGGCUCUCUUGGAAGGGCUUCCUCACACCAGGUUUCGAGAAGCUUUGCUGGACAUCAGCAAUCAUGUGCACCAGGAAGUUAGUGAAUCUCUCUUGCAACUGGGUUACCCUGCUUUCACCAGCGACAAAUCUGCUUCCCUCAAAGGCCAGAUAAGGAGCAUCGCAGAGGACGACAAUGCGGUGCGGAGCGUAAUUGAGCAGCGGAUCCAUUCAUUUCUCAGCCUUCAUCUGUCUCCUAGUGCCCAGAACUCUUGCAGUCUCCCAAAAGGCCUUGCUCCAAUUCAGGAAGAACUGCUGGAAGUUGGUCACAGGUUGGGCAGUGUGAUUCAUCACAACAGGCAGGUGUAUGGACCCUACUACCUGGCAAUUCUAAAAAAGGUUGUUCUCCCAGGGGCAGAGCCAGAAGCAGGAAUAGAUUCUUUCUAAAACUCUCACAGAAAGCACCACAUGCACUGGGGCCGGAGGGGAGCAGGACUCAGCUAGUUUUCAGAAUCAUGCUUGGGCUUGUAAAGUCUGUUGCAGCCAACUAAACAGCUGUCCUGUUCUGUGCAGCAGCAUCCAAUGCACUUCUGCAGCUGGGCCACCAUAGCUGCUGGGGACAGUUACAUAAUACCAACUGCCACUUCCCAGUUUGUCUGAAUAAACCUUUAAACUAAAAAAAAAAUUGCCCUUUUUUUUCAUACCUGCCGUUAGUUGGUCUCAUUACUUGGGGAGGCGGUGAAACGUUGAAUAAAUAUGGCAAGAUAGCCUAGAUGGAUUUCAUGUUGCAAUGCAUCCUGUGAAUUUGAACCCUGAUUUUUUUCCUGCCUUGGCAUUAACUGUGGGUUUUAGCCUGCUUUCCAGACCCCUCUUAGUCUCAUCCAGGGAGAGGGGAUUCGAUUAAGAUGUGUUGUGUUAAUGACAGAGCUUACUUUCUAAUGUAACUGAUAUACUCUUCAGUGUUAACUUUAAAAUCUGGUUUACUUCAUAUGUGCCAUCUACACUAGCUCAGUUUAAUCCCCCAUGGAUUUAGUAUUUUUGCAUUCAAAUCUACUGUAACCAGUUCCUAAACUUUAACAUGCAUUGUUAAAUGGGAGUCUUUUCCUCCAUCUCCUUUAUACUAGUGAAUUUAAUAUGUUGAAGCUGCAUUAGUAAAACUUUCUUUCUACUGGAGCAAUACUGUGCUAUCAGAGCUGCCAGGGUCUUUGAUGUUCUGUUACAAUUGUAACAGAACAUCAAACUAUUGAUGUAGUACAGCAAGAAUUGCUUUGGCAGCUUUGUUGCAGGGAGUUGGCAGUUGAACUGUGUAAGGAUGGGAGGGAGGGAUAGCUCAGUGGUUUGAGCAUUGGCCUGCUAAACCCAGGGUUGUGAGUUCAAUCCUUGAGGAGGCCACUUAGGGAUCUGGGGCAAAAAUUGGUCCUGCUAGUGAAGGCAGGGGGCUGUACUCGAUGACCUUUCAAGGUCCCUUCCAGUUCUAGGAGAUUGGUACAUCUCCAAUUAUUACCUUAAGGAUGUAUAGGUUAUGGUCCUGCCAAUCCACUCACCCUCCAUAGCACAAGUUACCCAUCUGUAAAUGUGGGAUGGGGUGAAGAGAACUAGUUUUCUUCAUCCUUGGUGGGAGAGGAUGAGAGGUGCUGCUAGUAUGGGCUUCAGCCAUUCUCUGGUUCAGGCACAUACAGCCAUGUGCAUUUAUAGUUAUGUUUUUAAUGAAUAAAUAAGCUUGACAUUUCAAAAAUUAAUGCUGAAUAUUUAAUACUUUUCAUGGAGAAAGAGCUUUAGCGGACCCCCCCCAAAAUAAAAUAAAAUCAGGAUUAUUCAGAAGACAUUCAAAAAUCUCUACAUUCAUGGGACCAUGAAUUAAAGGAUUUAAUUUUUUGGCAUAAAUUGGACAAAGGG